UCGAUAAAUAAAUUAGAAUAAAAUUAAUAACAUUCAAAAAAUGUCACACGGUGAUCACAAAGGACGUUUAACAGUCGUUAAAUUUUUAGAACUGGGAUUUGCCAUUGCGUGUCUGACAUUGCAUUUCUAUAGUUUUAAUGAUCGUGACAUCGUGACAUCAUUCCUUGCCACGGGUACUUUUACUGGCUUCAUAAUCGUCGUUGUUGGCGUGUUUGCAGGUGUCCUUAUGCGUGCUCCAAUACACAAACGCAUUGACAUAUUCUUUAGUGUGCUGGGUUGUGCCCUUUUUGUGACAUCAGGUGUGUUCAUAAUCGAGUCCUGGGAGUAUACGUUUCGCACACGUACACGUGAUUUAGCCCUUAUUAAGGCGGCGCUGUCAAUUGUAAAUGGAGUUAUGUUUGGAUUCGAUGCUAUAUUUACAUUUCGCGAUAAAUAAAACUUUAUUGUCUUUAACUAUAAGGAUAUAAGAAGUGUAUUUUUUUUUGUUUAAAAGUUAGAAAUAAAA